AUGGCCGUUAGACGUGCUCUAUCGCCAUGCGCACUCACCCGCCCUUUAUCAGCCAGUAUAAUUCCUAUACUGUCAAAAACGCACAUCCAUCCGUCCACAAUUCAACGACUCCAGAAAACGCAAUCGUUUGCUUCUCGCUCUCCCCCCAAAGCCCCUUCCUACGCCGACGUAUUCACUCUAUCAGACAUUCCACUCAGCUCCUUCGAGAGCGUCAUCUCGCGCAACGGCAGCUCAUUCACAGACCUCUCCCCAGAGGAAUACUACCGCGUCGCUCAAAAGUUCUCCGACGCAAUCAACCGAGGGUCUUCCCCCUGGACCUCCUCAUUCACAGGCACUAACUUGGCGCCAGAAGAUGCCAUCCCCGCAGAAACUCUACACAAGGUAGCCUGCAUCAUGCGGCAAAUCACCGGGCCCCGAAGCGCAGACGCCUUCGCCACCGCCCUCUGGUCAACCGCCUCGGAAAUGGGCUACCGUCCGUCGACGCUCUCUCUGGCCCGGCAACUCGUCCGCUCCGGGGCAUACGGCAGAGUCCCGCAGCUGCGCAGGGUCGAAGCACGCUUCAAGGGCUUGGUUUCUAGUGGUAAAGAUGCGGAUGCGCUUACUGCCGAGGGGGAGUUGCUGCUGGAGCAGGGACGGCUGGAUGCCGCCGCCGCCGUGUUGACAAAAGCGCUGAAGCUGAGCCCGCGGUUUGAAUGGCGACCGUAUUGUCGGUUGUGUCUGGGGAGGGCAUACUUGAAGAUGGGCAAAGUCGACGACGCCCGGGGGCUGUUUGAGAAAUUGGCGCAGGAAGGGCUUGUUGAGGCUGAUAUGGAGUUGGCUGAGAUGCUCAGAGGUAGUGACGCGGAUGAGGCACGGCAGAGGAUGUACACGGCUGCGUGCAAUGGGAGGAGGGAUAUGUUUACGCGUCUUUCAGAGAUGGAGUUGGAGCUGGAGGCGGUUGGCGGUGAGAAGGAUGGCGAGGAGAGGAGGUUGUGGGCGAUGGAGUGGUCGAAACUCGCAGACGGGCGGGUUGAAUAUUAA